AUGAGCAAUUUUGUCACAGCUUUGGUCGUCGUGCUCUUGCACUACAAUGAAUCAAGCUCAGCCUUCACCAUAAGAUUUCCCCUGAUAAGAGAUAGAACAACGAACAGCCAGUUGCAUUGGAGUUGUUUAGUCGAGUGCAAUGAUUUAGAUUACUGUGAAGAGGAAGGAGGAACCUCUUUCUCAUCCACUACCCCUUCCGUCAUCACCACAGCAGAACACAACACAUACGACUUAACAUCUCCCCGCGAAUGGCUUGAAUUUUGCGAACUAGAAAAUGGAAAUGGAGCCUAUACAGUCAUGCGAUGUGACUAUGAUUUUCACGACGCGCUGUUUUUACAAUGGGGCAACGAGUUCCAUCUGAAUCGACUGGAAUCCUCUUUCGCCACUAUAGCACCCGCCAAUGUUGAUCUCGCCUCACAUGGAACCAGAGAAAAAAGCCGGAACAUGAUCCGCUUUCUACUGAAGCAAGCGAAGGAAGAAUGUCAAGGUUUGCAGGCACACAUUGACGAAGAAUCAUUGUUUUGCACAUUUAUGGUGACAAUCCUGUGGCAACCCAAAAAUGAUGAUGUACAAGUUCAAGGGCACAUAUUUUCCAGUCUAACGCCAGCAGAUGUGAAAAGCAGCUUAUUGUCAAAUCCCUUGACUGCUGCCAUUGCACUUGAUCCUUAUCUCGAACUUCCGAAUCGAUGCCAAAAUUCUCCGGAUGCCAAGCUCAUUGCAUGGUGCCGGAAAAGGAGACCUCUCGAAGAAAAGUUCAAAAGUCGUGGGGUAGGAGAGGUUCUACUGACUAGAAAGAGAGACAAUCAAGUUGAAAUCCUCGAAGGACUGACGUCGAACCUUUUUGUCCUUUAUCCUGGAGGUGUACUUCACACAUGUGAAACUGAUUCCGUUUUGAAAGGAUACGCCAGGCACCUUGUCAUUACGGCCGCAAAUGCAUGUGGACUAACAAUUGCCAUCGGGCCGAUUCUAACGGAAGAGGCCGACUUGUGGCAGGAAGUCUUCCUCACUUCCUCCAUUCGAGUUAUUGCUCCUGUGGGUGAGAUUAUACUACCUGAUACCGACGGUUCUUCAACGACAUUAUGGCGACUGGAUGGUGUCUCUCCACAAGAUGCAACUGAUUCCCUUAUGUGGAAGCAACUUUUGAGUGAGAUUUACGAGAUAGUGAGGCGGAAGGGCCAAGGUUGUUUUGGGAGCUCAUUGAAUCCAACUGGUCAAAGAUAUUGA